AUGUACGAUGAAUAUGCUUAUGGAACGGAACAAUAUGCCGCUCAAACGGUUUUACCUAGAUUAGUAGUCGAACGAACUUAUCAAGGUGUAGCCUCAGAAAGUCGUAAGACCGAAAACCAGCGAGCACUUGUGGCUACAAGCAGUGUUGGAUCAUCAAGAAAAACCUAUCGUCAAAUCGUUCGAAUUCAUGAUUGGAAAGAAGAACACGUCGUGCAAUUUUUCAUCGAUAGUGAUUUGACAAGUCUACUACCUAUCCUGAAGGGUAUCGAUGGUAAAGGUCUACUUGAACUUUAUCGAAUCUAUCAACAAUCACCUGACCGUCUCUACAAAAUGUUUAGCACUUAUAAUGACGUCGCUUCUCUAGGAUCAUUUUUCAAAUUAAUGGCUACAUUUAGGAAUUACAUUGUGAGAACUGAGAACGAGGCAUAUUAUUAA